AAAUCGAGAUAGAGAGACUAAAGACCCGGCCUGAUACAGAGUAGUUUUGCGUUUUUGGCUAUAAAUACACUUUCAGCGUAUUGAGUUUCUUGCUGUAACAAUGACAUAUCACGGAUGUUUGGCGUGGCUUCCCGUCACUAAUUGUUUUUCAGAGGUAUGCAUUAAUGCACCUGAAAAGUUUGCGUAAUAAAUCGGACGGUUUACAGAGAGGGUGCGCGCAUACGCUGCCAGUCCGGCCCCUGUGUGCGGGAUACUGCGCCAUCCGGAUUGGAAAAUGAGUUAAUCACCUGUGGCAGGUAGUCAUCGGCGCGGCCUUUAUUGGAUUAUUUGCUACCCUUUGGUGGAAAGUGAAAGUUAACACUGGGGGCAGCCUGCCUCUAGAAUGGAAAGCUUGCAUCCUGGCACAGAUGUUUCCAUUGGAAUAAAGAAAGGGAGAGAGUCCAGGGGUAGCACCAGAAGAGAGAGAGAGGCAGGGAGUAGCCCUUAUCCCAGAAAAGGUCCCAAUAUUUUUGACGCCAUUCCAGUUGACCAAAGUGCAGGAGCAGAUGAUAGCCAAAGGUCUGACCAGAGUGGAGCACCAGGCAUGAGUUUCCAGCAGGAGAUGUUGGAAAAGGCUAAGGAGUUAUUCCAGUUAUGUGACAAGGAGGAGAAAGGUUUCAUCACCAAAAGGGAUAUGCAGCGACUUCAGAAUGAAUUACCCUUGACCCCUGAGCAGCUGGAGGAUGUAUUUGACAAUCUAGACCAAGAUAAUAAUGGAUACUUGACUCCACUAGAAUUUAGCAUGGGUUUGGGAAAGUUUAUUGGAGUAGAAGUACUGUCAGAAAAUGAAGGUUUCGACACAUCAGUACAUGAGGAUACGUUUGUGUCAGGUUGGGACAAUGAUCUGUCCAUGUUGGAUGAUGAAGACGAGAGGAGGUUCUGUGUUAUGAUGCAACAGCACGGAGCUGCUCAGGUGUUUAAGGAUCAGUCAGAGGUUCGUGAGUUGUGGGCACGUCUGCGGAAGGAUAGACCUGAACUUCUUGCCACAUUUGAGAAAUUUCUGUUUAAAGUGUCUGCACAUAUUCAGGAGGUACACCUAGAGAAGGACUCAAUGGAACAGGCCCUGCGAAGGAAGGAGUGUGACCAUGACAAGGAAGUACGUUCUCUCUAUGAAGAGAUGGAGCACCAAAUAAAGACUGAAAAAGACCGGUUACUCUAUCAGGAUUCUUCCAGGCAAAUUGGCAAGAAUGUUGAGCUACAGAAGGAGCUGCAAAUUCGGGAGCAUGAGCUGGAGGGAAUUGUCGGAAGACAACGUCAGCUCGAAAGGCAACUCCAUGAACUGAGCUAUGAGCAAACAGAAACACGUAUACAAAAUGAGCGCCUUCGACACCGAAAUGAAGAUUUGCUAGAACAACUGGAACAUACUCGACAUGAACUGCAGACCACACAGUUCCAUUUAGGCCACCUGCAAGACGAAGCUCAGCGUGAGAGAAAACGUAAAGACAAGGAUGUUUUGAAUGUUUCAAAGAAUAUGCAGAAGGAAAAGGAGAGUCUUCUGAAGCAACUAGAACUGCUGAGGGAGAUGAACAGAAAGCUGAGAGAUGAACGGGAUGCCCAUGAAGCCAGGAAGAUGACCUCCCCUAGCAAAAAGCCUCUGCUGAAGAAAGGGUCAGUGAUAGGCAGAUAUCUUCUGGAGGACAAGCCAAUUAAACGACAGCUAAAUCCAGCAGAAAGCGGUUGUACACCUUGUGAAGAUGUGUCAUCAGAACCGAAUAAGAAGAGCAGCAAGUGUGAUUCUAAUGAUGGAGCAGACAAUGCUAAUGAAUCCAUGGAUGUGGAUGGACUGACAGAUAAAAAAGAGGAGACCGUGACUGAAUCAUUAAGAGAAGAACCUGUUGGAAUGGAAUCCAUGGUAAAGGACCCUCUAAAUAUGCCUCCAGAAAGGGUAUUUAAAGUGGUUUUCAUAGGAAACUCAGGAGUUGGGAAGACAUCCUUCAUCCACUACUUCUGCCAGGGACAGUUCCUAACAGACGUCUGCUCAACAGUUGGUAUUGAUUAUCAGAUGCGGAGUCUCAUUGUGGACAAUGUGUGUGUUGUCUUGCAACUCUGGGAUACGGCCGGCCAGGAAAGGUUCCUCAGUAUCACAAAGCAGUACUUCCGCAAAGCUGAUGGAAUUUUGGCCAUGUAUGAUGUAACUCAGACAUGUUCCUUCCUAGCUGUCAGGAACUGGUUGCAGAGUGUAAAGGAUGGUAUGGAAGAUGGAGCAGUGAUCUUUCUGCUUGCUAACAAAACAGAUGCUGUAGAGACAGUGGGCCGCAUAGUGAGUUAUGAUGAAGGUUACCAUUUGGCACAGGAGUACCAGGCUCACUUUUAUGAGUGCAGUGCAAAAUCAGGGUACAACAUCAACGAGUCGAUGAUUCACAUGGCAAGGUUAUUAACCGAGCAGGAAGAUAAGUGCUACAGUGCCGUCUGCCUGGAAAAUGUUCCCAUCAAGAAGAAAAACUGCUGUAAAUAGAAACGAAG